GCGGCGUCUGUGGUAAUUGCCUGCGUCGCCCGGAGGACUCGUCGCUCGCCUCGUGCCUCUGCCAUCUUGCCUGUGGCGCCGGGGCCUGGGCGACCGUCUUCCCUGAACCAGGGCUGCCGGGCCUCGCGGCAUGAGCGCCCCCGAUGAGGUGUCCAGCUGUGGAGCGGGUUUCGGGGAGGAGGGCGGGGAGCAGACCAGCGUCGGGCCUGCCAGCCCCGGAGCCCCGCGGGGCCCACAGGGACUAGGUGUGGAUCUGGGGCCGCCACCCAGCGGUGAGGACGAGGGCGGGGUCCCAGACCCCCAGGGCUUCGAGUCUGAGCAGGAAGUGACGGAAACGGGAGGGCCCGUGUUCUGGGACCUAGAAGGCCGCCCCGGCUCCCCGACCGACCACACGGGGGACGCCCUGGACUGCGCGUCCCACCUUGCGGAUGAGGCCGUGGCAGCCAUCGUGCAGCAGCUGACCAACCAGGAUGGCCUGGGCGUGCGGAGAAACCCGUACCCGGAGGGCUGCGUCGUGGAGGCAGGCCUGGAGGCAGGGCCCCAAGGGAGAGGCGCGCUUGCCCUUAGCGGCAGAGAGUCGCAGCCGCCUGCCGCCGCCCUUCUCCGCCUCGGUGGGCCCGAGGGAGGCCCGCCCUGGGCGAACCCAAAAAGAAGCAAGAAGAGCAGGUCGAACGUCGCCGUGGUGGAUCGCCAGCGGCCCUCCGCCGAAAGCCCGCCGAAAGCGAGCCUUUCCGACAGCGAGUCAGCAGAUGAGUUUAGUGAGAUACAGCUGAUGAGGGUGAGCAUUUACGCCAAAGGAGGAGGCCAACUCAAGCCCAACAGCCCCGAGGAUCCCUGGGACACACCCAGACACUCGAAAUUCCAUGUCAGGGAGAAUUUCCUCCACAUGCUUGGCUCUUUCCCGUCCUCCGCUCCCCGAGGAGUCACUUCGGUUGUGGAGAGUCAGGCCGUUGGAGAGCUGGACAUCUCCUCCUCUAGGAAAAUGCAGAGCGUGGUCAGGGGGAAGGGGGGGAACAGGCCCAGCUACCCACGAUCUGCUGCUGCUGGCGGCCUGCCCCGGGCCACCCCUAAGAAAAAGGUGGCCCAGGAGAAGAAAUCCCCAGGGGGGACCUCAAAUGUUGCCCUGGGGAGAAUGUUCCCUUCCUGGGGGCAGAGAGUCUCCGCGGCACCCCUGGAACCAGCCGCCUUCCCCCCAGUAACUGGUGUUCUGCUGCUUGGGAGGUCCAAGAGGUAUUCCUUGGUCCCUCCGGGAACCAAACAGUCCAAGCACACCCCUGCUGGGAAGAAAUCUGUCGCCAGGAGGACUCAGAAGGCGGAGCCGGUGGUGGCCGGAGAAGACAAUGACUCAAACAGAGACGCUGUCCCAAAGCUUUCAGCACACAGGCCAGAGCUGUCUUGUCCGUUCAUGCAUCGUGAGGCAAGCAGUCGUGGUGACCUCAACCCCAGAGCCCCCCAGUUUCAGGGAAGCUCACAGCCCUUGGCUCCGAGCCAGGGAGACGUCAUUCCCAGAGAGCCCGCACCCUCGGAUGACCAGGAAGCACUUGUCCACCCCCCAAGACCGGAAAGGCAGCAGCAACCACCUGGAGCACAGGGCUGUCCUCAAUGUCUCCUGCUGCAGAGAGAAGUUGACAACCUGAAAGAGCAGCUUGUGGCCCUGCAGUCCCUGACUGACCAGUUCUAGACCCUUUGAAGUGAGUGUUACACACACCAUACCCCUUCCCACGGUCGUGGCUGCUGAGGAGGGCCGUGGGCUGGCCCUGGCCUGAUGCUCUUCUUCCCUGACUCUGCUCUGUUGGACAGGCUGAGUCAGCAUCUCUGUACAAGAGGGGCGGCUGGUACCUUUGGAGCCAGGAAGCUGUGCCCAAGCUGCUUCCCUCCCGUUCGACGUUCGACCUCGGCCUGGGCUUCCUCUCCCUGUUUUUUGCCACCUCCCCACCCAAGUUCACAGCACCUUCAAAUUAAAGUACCUCUCAUGUU